AUGGACCAACUCAAGAAGCAGAAGAGAAAGCAUCAGCCUUCCAAUGCCAGUCAGGCACCCCAGAAGCGCCAAAAGUCCGGCAUCGUCAAAACCGCGCCCAAGAAGCGCAGUGUCGCCGUCAGCAAGCUGCCAUGGAAGAAGGUCGACGUGCCCGAGAUGUUCGACGAUGCGGAGGGUUUCUACGGCUUGGAGGUGAUUGAGGGCGUUGACAUCGUCAAGAAGGGCGACCAGGUCGAGUUUGUGACUGCUCUUCCCACCGCCGACGAGAUGGACCAAGACGAGUUCGAAGGCUUCAGCGACUCUGAGCCUGCCCCUGCGCCGGCCGCCGAGAAGGAGGAAGUACAAAAGGAGACAAAGAAAGCCAAGAAAGAGAAGGCCAAGAAGGAGCAAAAAGCAAAGGAUAGCAAGAAACCUGCCGACUCAACAGACGAGCCCGCCGCCGAACCGAACGCCGAUGCCCCCGAAGGCGCAAAGAAGAAGGAGAAGAAGCAAAAGCAGAAGAAGACACAGCCGAAGCCUGAGGACGCCAAGCUUGAGAGCAACGUGUUCACCGCCCUCGAGGCCGCAGAGGAAGCCGAAGAAGACCUUGACAUGAGCCAAUGGAUCGACCUCGGUCUCUCCCCGGCCAUCGUGUCCGCCAUCGCGAAGCUCAAAUUUACAAAGCCGUCAAACAUCCAAAAAUCCUCCAUACCCGAGAUCCUCGCCGGCCACGACGUCAUCGGAAAGGCGUCCACUGGUUCCGGUAAGACGCUCGCGUUCUCGAUUCCCAUCGUCGAGGACUGGAUCGAGAAAUUUGACGCCAAGGACGGCGAGAAGGACACCGAGCACGCCCCUACCGCCCUAAUUCUCUCCCCGACGAGAGAACUCGCGCACCAGAUUACGAACCACAUCAAGAACCUCUGCGCAGGCCUCACCAACGCCCCCUUCGUCUGCUCCGUCACUGGUGGUCUCUCCGUCUUUAAGCAGCAGCGCCAGCUCGCCAAGGCCGAUAUCGUCAUUGGUACACCCGGCCGUCUCUGGGAGGUCAUUAGUUCCAGCACAGAACUGUUGUCCGGCUUCAAGAAGAUCCGCUACCUCGUGGUCGACGAGGCCGACAGGCUGCUCAGCGAAGGCCACUUCAAGGAAGCAGGCGAGAUCCUUGACGCACUCGACCGCGAGGCCCUCGACGAGGACGAAGACAAACAAAAUCUCACACCGCGCCAGACCCUCGUCUUCUCCGCCACCUUUCACAAGGGCCUGCAACAAAAGCUCGCAGGCAAGGGCAAAUGGGGCUUGAUGUCGGAGGAGGAAUCGAUGGAGUACCUCCUCAAACGCCUCAACUUCCGCGAAGAAAAGCCCAAGCUCAUCGACGUCAACCCCGUUGCGCAAAUGGCCGCCGGCCUCAAGGAAGGCCUCAUCGAGUGCGGCGCCAUGGAGAAGGACCUCUACCUCUACACCGUCCUGCUCCUCAACCCGAACCGCCGCACCCUCGUCUUCACAAACUCCAUCUCCGCCGUCCGCCGCCUCACGCCCUUCCUCCAGAACCUCAACCUCAACGCGCUAGCUCUCCACUCGCAAAUGCCGCAAAAGGCUCGUCUUCGCUCCGUCGAGCGCUUCACAGCCACGAAGGAGGGCACGACGUCCGUCCUCAUCGCCACCGACGUCGCCGCACGCGGUCUCGACAUUCCCUGCAUCGACCAAGUCGUGCACUACCACGUUCCCCGCGCAGCAGACAUGUACGUCCACCGCUCCGGACGUACGGCGCGCGCAGAGCGUACAGGUCUGAGCAUCAUCCUCUGCGGGCCGGAGGAAGUCGUGCCGACGCGCCGCCUAGCCGCCAAGGUGCACGCCGAGCAGGCGAGCAAGAAGAAGUACCUCAUGCGCACGAUCGACAUCGACCGGCGCGUCGCUUCCAAGCUCAAGCCGCGCGUGGACCUGGCCAAGAAGCUGGCGGACGCGACGCUGGCCAAGGAGAAGGGCAACAAGGAGGACGACUGGGCGCGCGCGGCGGCGGAGGAGCUGGGCGUCGAGUACGACUCGGAGGAGCUCGAGAAGGCGGGCUCCUGGGGCGGCCGCGGCAGCCAGCGGAAGAAGAAGCUCAAGGAGAACCAGGGGCUGACCAAGGCGGAGAUGGGGGCCAUGAGGGCGCAGCUGAGGGAGCUGUUGGCCAAGAGGGUGAAUGCGGGCGUGAGCGAGAAGUAUCUGACGGCGGGUGGUGUGGAUGUGGAUGAGCUGUUGAGGGGUGGAGGCGGGGAUUUCCUGGGCAAGGUUGAUGGGCUUGAUAUCGAGGACUUUUAG